AUGGACGGCGGGAAAGACGCCUGGCUUUUCCUAGCGGCAUGUUUCAUGAUAGAGGCCCUUAUAUGGGGCUUCUCCUUCGCCUUUGGUAUCUUCCAGGACUACUACAGCACCCAUGAGCCCUUCCAAGGGUCCAGCAAUAUCGCCAUCAUCGGAACAUGCACAAUGGGCGUCAACUAUCUCCUUGCCCCCGUUAACUUUGGCAUUCUCCUUGCUUUCCCGCGGUUACGCAUCUGGGCCGCACCAGCGGGUUUUGUGACCAUGUCCCUGGCCCUGGCGCUCAGCUCGUUCUCCACGACCACAACGGAGUUGAUCAUCUCCCAGGGUGUUUUCUACGGGCUUGGCGCGAGUGUCGCUUACACGCCGACCAUCAUCUUCAUGGAUGAGUGGUUUGCGAGACGGAAGGGGCUUGCGUUUGGGAUUAUGUGGGCAGGAACAGGUCUCGCCGGUGUCGUGCUUCCAGUUGUACUACAAUGGCUUCUGAAUACGUACGGAUACCGCGUCGCCCUGCGCGCCUGGGCCGUGAUCCUCUUCGUGCUUGCGGCGCCUCUGCUCUAUUUUGUGAAACCGCGCGUGCCUAUUUCGGCGUCGUCCAGCAUGCGCACGUUCAACCUCUCUUUCGUCCUUGACCGGACGUUUUUGAUCUAUCAGGCGGGGAAUAUUAUCGAGGCGCUGGGGUAUUUCCUUCCCACGAUCUACCUUCCGACGUAUGCGCGCUCACUGGGUGCGAAUAACCUCACCGCAUCGCUGACCGUCAUCCUAUUGAACCUUGCUUCGGUCUUUGGGUGUAUUAUCAUGGGCUCAUUGGUUGACCGCUGCCAUGCGACAACUUGUAUACUCAUCUCAACUGUUGGAACCGUGUUGGCGACGUUCCUGCUGUGGGGGUUCGCGGUCAGUCUGGCGCCAUUGUUCAUUUUCUGCGUGGCCUAUGGCGUAUUUGCGGGCUCAUUCACGUCGACAUGGCCUGCUAUCCUGGGAGAAGUGCGGAGGAAAAAUGCCUAUGCGGAUCCGGGCAUUGUGUUUGGGUUCUUGUGUUCGGGACGGGGGAUCGGGAAUGUGGUUAGUGGGCCGUUAAGUGAGGCCUUGAUGGCGGGGGAGAAGUGGAGGGCGGGGUACGGGUACGGCAGCGGAUAUGGAGGGCUGAUCGUGUUUACAGGCGUGACAGCCCUCUUUGGGGGGUUGAGUGUGUUGGCAAGGCCGUUGAAAUGGCUGUAA